UGAUAUUCUGGGUUGGUCCUCCUACCAUUCUUAACAUUAGAAGAAGAAAAAGUCUUAAACUAUCAAGAGACAGAGAAGAUAUUGAUUUUACGAAGACUAUUUUUAUUCAUAAGUUUGUAUUUUCUACGACAUUCUUGGAAAUUGUACUAGUUUUGGCGACCCUUUAACAACUUGAUUGUUGACCAUUUCUCCAAUCACGCGCUACAAGCCAAACCCAACAUUCUUAUUUAAAGCUCAGUCUUUCCAUGUUGGAUUUGGUAAAACAGAAAAAGUUCACUUUUUCUUAAGAAAAAAGAACAGAUCUUUGGAUUAAUCAGCUGUGAUAAAGAUGAAAUUUGGGAAAGAAUUUGCUUCCCAAAUGGUCCCAGAAUGGCAAGAAGCUUAUAUGGAUUAUAAUAAGCUCAAGAGGCUUUUGAAAGACAUCUUGGAUUUCAGGCAGAAGAAUGCACCAUCAUCAGAAUUUGCAUCCACACAAAAAGGCUCUUUACAGAAAAGGAUAUCUAUGUACAGAGCUUUUAGUGGAUUACAAAGUAGAUUAAGUUUCAAAGGUUCUUCUGGGAAUAAUAAUAACCAUGAAGAUGAAGUUAUUUUAGUGAACUCAGUGCAGCAAGAAGGCUCCCAAGGCCACCAUCAAACUAGGUUUCUUAUGUCAUCUGAAGCAGGUGGAGAAUAUGAGAUGGUUUUCUUUAAAAGACUUGAUGAUGAAUUCAACAAGGUGCUAACUUUUUACAAGAAAAAAGUAGGGGAAGUGAAGGCUGAGGCUGAUUUGUUGAGUAAGCAAAUGGAUGCACUUAUUGCACUAAGAAUCAAGGUUGAUAAGCCUUCAAUUGAUAUGGAAAGUGCACAAGUGAUGGAUCCUUCAACGACUGAUAGUACCUUAACUCCAGCAUCAGUGGUUCCUAUUCAUUUGAGAAGUCUAAGGUCACAUAUGGAAGCAAUUCAAGAAGUUGAGAUGAUUAGUGGAGAAAUUCUGGAAGAUGAAUCAACAUCAGGGAAAAAAGAUACAACAAAGAUGAAUCCCAUGGGUUUUAGGCCUGCUCCAGUAGAGAUUUUGGACAAUGUAAGUAUCAAUAUUGAACCCGAAACACCUGUCUCGACUUUAAAAAAUGCGAUCAAGACUUCAAAAUCUCAAUUAUCAUUCAGCAAAGAAGAGCUCAGAAAGGCCGAAGAACAAAUAAGUAAGGCUUUUGUUGAGUUUUAUCGAAAGCUUAGACUUCUAAAAAACUACAGUUUCUUAAAUGUGUUGGCAUUUUCCAAGAUCAUGAAGAAGUAUGAUAAGAUCACCUCAAGGAAAGCUUCUAAAUCAUACUUAGAUAAGGUUGAUGAAUCUUAUCUUGGUAGCUCAGAUGAGGUAAAUAAGCUCAUAGAAAGAGUGGAGGCCACAUUCAUAAAGCAUUUUGUCAAUGGAAAUCGAAGGAAAGGAAUGAAAUAUUUAAGACCACAAGCUAAAAGAGAAAAACAUAGAGUAACAUUUUUCGUGGGUUUGUUCUCUGGCUGCUCAAUAGCAUUAGUGGCAGCUAUUGCUGUAUCAAUACAUGCAGGAAACCUUCUAAAGCACGAGGGUCGUGGACAGUAUAUGGAAAACAUAUUUCCACUCUACAGUCUAUUUGGAUUCAUUGUCCUGCAUAUACUCAUGUACGCGGGGAACGUAUACUACUGGAAGCGUUUUCGGGUCAAUUAUUCCUUCAUAUUUGGCUUCAAGCCAACAGCGCUAGGUUACAGACAAGUUCUCCUCCUUGCUUCUGGUCUUUCAGUACUUGCAUUGGCUGCUGCACUCUCCCACCUGGAUAUGGAUAUGGAUCCGAAAAUACGAAGGUUUGAGACAGGGACUGAGCUGAUCCCACUUGCCCUUGUGAUUGUCCUGCUUCUAAUAACUUUUUGUCCUCUGAACAUCAUAUAUCGUUCAAGUCGUUUCUUCCUUAUAAGAUGUGCCUGGCACUGUCUAUGCGCUCCCCUUUAUAAGGUUACUCUACCAGAUUUUUUCUUGGCAGAUCAAGUUACCAGCCAGGUUCAGGCAAUUAGAAGUUUGCAAUUCUAUGUCUGCUACUAUGUGUGGGGCAACUUCAGGACAAGAUCAAAUAAAUGUCAAGAAAGCAGUGUUUAUCAAAUCUUAUACAUAGUCGUCGCAAUUAUUCCCUUUUGGUCUCGGUUUAUUCAGUGCCUUCGUCGUUUAUUUGAAGAGAAAGAUUCGAUGCAGGGGCUUAAUAGCCUCAAAUAUUUCUCAACUAUUGUUGCUCUAGUGAUGAGGACACUUUAUGAUCAGAAAAGAGGAACCUUUUGGAGAGUAAUGGCCGCAUCAACUUCAGGAAUUACUACAGUUGCAAACACUUACUGGGACCUUGUCAUAGAUUGGGGUCUACUGCAAAGGAAUUCCAAUAACCGUUGGUUGAGAGACAAACUUGUUGUGCCACACAAGAUGGUCUACUUUGUUGCCAUUGUUCUUGACAUUAUUCUGAGACUAGUAUGGAUGCAGUUGGUUCUAGAUAUUCAAGAACUACCAUUUCUGCACAAGAAAGCAUUUGCUGCAGUUGUUGCCUGUUUGGAAAUCGUUCGCCGAGGCAUAUGGAACUUUUUCAGGUUGGAAAAUGAGCACUUGAAUAAUGUUGGGAAAUACCGUGCCUUCAAGUCUGUACCACUGCCUUUUAACUACGAUGAGGACAAGAGUAUGUAAAAGGAAAUCAAAGGGAACCACAGCACUCAACAAUCAAAAUGAUUUUUCUGUUCUCUUGGUUCCCCUUUCUUGUAUAAUUCUUUGAUUCGUUUGUCAAUGGUGUUUAUAAAUAUAAUUUUGUUCGUGAAAUUAUACAGCGAACCUGUCAAGGUAUAGGACAAAAAAAUGUAAGUCUCAAAAACACUUGCUCAUAAAAAGUCUCAAGGAAAUCGUGCUUGAUAAUUUGGUUGAUUCUCCUUA